CCUCGCUGUGACUUGCGUCUGCAUCUCUCCUGCGCCUCCAGAGGAAGCAGCUGGCUUCCGAGCAGGUGGACCAACGGAGGAACGGACGGUUGUUUGCAGUUUCGCUAUCUACCCGAACAUCGGCACCGCGGUGCAGAAGGAAUCUCGCCGAGCAUUGCCCCCGUUUGACCUCGGUUCCAAGUGAGCAUCUGCUGAGUUCACUGCAGUGAGGCAGCUGUCAACUGUCAUGGACCCGUCAGCGGUGCGGUCGGCGCUCAACGAGAUGGCCUAUCUGCACGUGCCGGACAAGGACCGCUCGAAAAGUCCUUCGCCAGCCGAUUCAUUGGCAUCGAGUGCGACGGACAUUUCUACGCUCCCAAUUCACGGACGUCAUGGCUCGGACGGAGAACACGAACCAUUGACGGGUAGAAAAACUCUGCAAGGGUCCCGAUACAGAGACAGCCACAAGGGCCUCACGAAAAACCUUGCUUUCGCAAUCGGAGCGGCCGCACUGGGCUCUGCCUUCCAGCAUGGAUAUAAUAUUGGCGUGGUCAAUGCCCCUCAAAAGCUCGUCGUAGCCUUCAUCAAUGACACGUAUUACCACAGAUUCGAAACGGCUGCUAGCACUGAAACGACUACGAUGAUUUAUUCCAUCAUCGUCUCCAUCUACUGCAUCGGAGGAAUGAUUGGUGGAUUGAUGACGGCAUUCGCGGCAGAGAAAUUCGGACGGAAAGGGGGUCUCCUUUUCAACAACGUUUUUGUGAUCGUAGCUGCCGCUCUCAUGGGAUUCGCAAGGAGCUGCCGUUCGUAUGAAAUGAUGAUAAUGGGCAGAUUCUUCAUUGGCGUCAACAACGGCUUGAACGCGGGUCUUGGCCCCAUGUAUCUCAACGAAAUUUCUCCGACCCAUCUUCGAGGUGCCGUUGGAUCCAUGUACCAACUUGUUGUGACCAUCUCCAUUCUGGUCUCCAAUAUCCUCGGUCUCGAAGGACUGUACGGCACGGAAAAGUCGUGGCCGCUUCUGUUCGGGUUCACAAUUGUGCCUACGAUCCUGAUGCUGUGCACUUUUCCUCUCUGCCCGGAGUCCCCAAAAUACAUUCUCAUCAACCAGGGAAAAGACGUGGCCGCUCAACAGGCCCUUACUUGGUUGCGAGGCUCGCUUGAGGUCCACGACGAAAUGGAUGAAAUGCGAGCCGAGUACGAGCAAGUGAAAAUGGUCCCGAAAGUGACCCUAUACGAAAUGAUUCACAACAUCGGAUUGCGCACCCCGUUGAUAAUCGCUAUGAUGGUCAUGUUGUCUCAACAACUCUCGGGAAUCAACGCGGCCUUCUAUUUCUCGACGGAUAUCUUCACUGGAGCUGGCUUGUCGAGAGACGCCGCCGCGAAUGCCACGCUCGCCGUAAGCGUGAUCAACGUCCUCAUGACGUUCGUAUCUCUCGUGUUGGUGGAGCGUGCGGGGCGCAGACAACUCCUUCUGAUCGGCCUCGGUGGGAUGGCCGUGCUCACCGUGGUGCUGACUAUCUCCCUCUCAAUGAACGGAAGCAACCCCAUUUUCUCAUGGAUGAGCGUCGCAUCCGUGAUCGGCUUUGUCAUCAUGUUCGCUGCUGGUCCUGGAUCCAUACCGUGGUUCCUUGUCGGCGAGCUCUUCGGCCAAGGAGCGCGACCCCUCGCUACCUCUCUCUCGGUCGCGGUCAACUGGACCGCGAACUUCCUCGUCGGGAUGUGUUUCCUGCCGCUCAAAGCCGCCUUGGGGCAUUUCGUAUUCCUCAUAUUCACUGCGUUCCUCAUGUUCUUCUGGAUAUUCACCUUCCGGCGUGUUCCAGAAACGAAAGGCAAAAGUGUCGAAGAAAUCGCAGCUCUCUUCCGUCAGCGCGCUUAUCAAUAAGAUACCCAGAGCUGUUUCUUAUUCCAGUCGCUGAUGUGUUAAGCGUAAGAGUCGUCAUUUUGAGUUCUUCGCAAAGCUGUAUCGAGAACCUGUGGGGAAACGCUCCGGAUUUAUUUUUAACCUCAAACUUCGAGCUCCCGAGACAUCAAUUUCAUGUCCCGCGUCGAAGUUCGAUGGGGAUCAAUUCUAUAUUCUCAAGUCGGGUCUGCCGGAGAACGCACCUGAUCCGGCCCCUAUUGGAGCAGUGUCCGACGGUGGUGAUCCUCAAGAUUCCAAAGGAUCUUCGAAUGCAAUACGAAAAAAACUGAUGGUCACCCGGCUUUGCAGCCAGGGCGCAGCUUUAGUUCUUGCCUCAAAAGAAGACACACGGUCUUCGGUGUCUCGUUCGACUCCAAGGAGUCUUGUGAGCGAAACCGCGAAAUUUCACCUCGUUCCACGCUCGGCUUCCACGAAUAAUGCGCGAAGGGAACCACCGACCCACGCCUGAGAGAUCUUAAAUCCCGAUUUCACGAACAUCUAUCUUUACUCUCGAAUAUCUGACACCGAUGAUUUUAUGUAUCCUAAGCGGAGAUCUACAAUGACAAUAAGGGAAUACACAAUGAUUCAGAGAUCCUCGAGUAUAAAUAUAUUGAACAUGAAAAUAUAUAUAAAAUAUAUAUAAUCCUGACUCGAUCUAGUCAUGGUAUAUAAUUUUGUUCGUCGAAGGGAAACCA